UACAGAUACCCGUGCGCGUCAUGGAUUACUUGAUGCAGCAGAUUCAUGACAUACUCACGGAGUACUACUAUAAAGUACAUAUUUGAUUAGUUAAACCGUUGUUUGCCAACCGAUUUUGAGUACGAAUAGUACUGUUUGUUAAAGCUCGUGUUGCUCUGGGAAGAAGAUUCUCGCAACAGGGACGCAACAUUUCAUUUCUUUACCGGGUCAAGCGUGGCAAGCAAGGCAUGCAAUUGAAUAGUACCGCUGCAGUACAACCAGGAACCUCCAGGCUUGACCGAGCGCGCUCCAGUACAACCGCCCAAUGGCCUUAAUAUGAUCGAGCCGUCUCGUCUCGUCCCCAAGACAACCACAAACCCAAACAGAACGACACAGACAGCAUAGACGGGAGUAGCAAACCUCGCAGUUAUCCAAGUUGCGGAGUUGCCCCCUUUGAAUUCAGACGGUUCUUCUUCUUCCUGCCUGACAGAGAAAGCGCUAAACGGUAGCAUGCGAGAGGAAGAAAUGACCUUCUGCGGCACGGGCAGCUUCAAGGACGUCGACAAGGAGAAGAUCAAGACGAAGAAGAUCAAGUCACCGGACGCGGGGAAGAAGAAGACGAAGAAGAAGGAGAACCCCUACGCGUCGCGCGGGCUCGACAAGUUCUCCACCGUGCUCGCGGAGCUCGAAUCCCGGCGGGAGAAGGUGCUGCGCCGCGUCGACGCCAGCAGCGACCGCGUCAUGGUCCGGUUCGUGCAGUCCGGCCCCAAGGGCUGGGUGCCCAUCGUCGUCAAGCUCCCGCCGGACCAAGAGCAGCAGCCCGCCGCCAAGGUGGACCCCAACAAGAAGUGCUGCAAGUCGCCGUCGACGGAGUCCGCCUCCGCCAGCCCAAGAGGAGUCGCCGCGGUAGCGGCUCCGAAGGCGGAUCCGGCGAAGAAGGCGGCAGGCGCCGUCGAGAGGUGGAGGCCGAGCCAGUACUGGCCGUUGGUGGCGGUGCUGCUGCUGGCGGGCCUGGUGGUGUUCGGGAGGGUGUUCGCCAUCUGCUGCACCUCCGUCUGGUGGUACCUCGUGCCCAUCUGGGCGUCGUUGCCUCCUCCUUCGCAUGGCAAGAGGGGGAGCAGCUCCGGUGCCCACGAGGUGGUUUCGCCGACAAGCCAUCCGAAAGGAAAGAAAGGGUAAUUCGAAUUUUAGGAAAAGGAAAAUAUUGCCGUGUUGUAAAUAUUUCGUUACGGCAGGGUAGCCAGAAAGAUCAAGUUUGGAGAUUAUCUUAUCUUUCCCCCUUUUUUCAGCUUCGUUUCUUCCUUUUUGCAACCGGAAAGGAACUGGCUGUAGAUUUGUAACUGAAGCGUCCAUGUAAAACAAAUCAGCCCCUUCAUGUGUGGCUACCCAGGAAAAAAAAAGUGUUCAGCGAACUCGGACAAUUGACUGUUGUUAGUGGUCAAUUCUGGCUAAUUUCGAGAGUAACAGCUCAUCUGUACGUUGUUUGAAAUAUGCACCAUGUGCCAAUGCCUAAGAACUUUCGGAUU